UUAAAAACACUUGCGAUGGGCUGUGCGCUCAUUGACUCAGUCUAUAACCCAACGACUGUAUCGAAACAGACUGAAAUAUAUCACAAAGAGCUGCGGGAUCAGAGAUAAAAUCAGCCGCCGCAUCCCUGGAUCUGACAGACUGCCUGAUCAUCACUAAUGCUUGAGGACGUUGGAAAAAGGAACCAGUGGAGACACAAUGCCUAGGUCUUUCUUGGUGAAGAGCAAAAAAGCACACAGCUACCACCAGCCACGGUCUUUGGAGGAUGACUACAAAAGACUUGAUACAAUUUUAGCUGGUAUAUGUGCAGAAAGCAAAACAUCAGAUGAGUCGGAGUGCUGUACGGAUGGCUUGCCAAGCGACACGACUGGUGCUUGUUCACCGGAUUCUCACCUGGUGGACCCCGCUGAUCUUUCCUCCAAGUCUCCCCGCAGCUGUGGAGAAAGUUUGUGCGACCGCUCCUCGGAUUACGACGACUUCUGGCGACCUCCAUCACCAUCAGCAUCACCGGAGUCUGAAAAAUCCUUUUCACCCUCCGUUGAAGAAACACAGCCGUUCGCCAUCCCCUUCAGGCCUUACACGUGGAGCAGAUACUCAGGAUGUGAAAUCAGACAGCUGGUGCAGCACACCCUCAACCAUCACCACUCUCUGGAUGUGGAGCGGCCUUCUCCGCCAACCUAUUAUAAUGACCGUGUGAUCGAGCCCUCUCUUUUCACUGAGCGAGGAUCUGGGACAGGCAUUUACAGUUUUGGCUCAACUGCCACCCUGUUUGAGCGUGCCACUGUCUCUGGACUCGAUGACAGAAGCUUGCUGGGAAAAGGAGCUGAGGUGAAGGCCAGCUCUGAUGUGAUGCGUAGUCGUCUCCUGCUAAAUGGCGCCUACAAAUGUAUAAAAUGCAGCAAGGUGUUUUCGACACCACAUGGCUUGGAAGUUCACGUCCGGAGGUCUCAUAGUGGAACAAGACCUUUUGCUUGUGACAUCUGCGGGAAAACAUUCGGCCAUGCCGUCAGUCUGGAGCAACAUAGAGCAGUUCACUCACAGGAAAGAAGUUUUGAUUGUAAAAUCUGCGGGAAAAGUUUUAAGAGAUCGUCCACUCUGUCCACUCAUCUCCUGAUACACUCCGACACACGACCCUACCCGUGUCAGUAUUGCGGAAAAAGGUUCCAUCAGAAAUCCGAUAUGAAGAAACACACAUUCAUUCACACAGGGGAGAAGCCACACAAAUGUCAAGUGUGCGGGAAAGCUUUCAGUCAGAGCUCCAAUCUGAUCACACACAGUCGAAAACACACCGGAUUCAAACCGUUUGGAUGUGACCUCUGCGGCAAAGGAUUCCAGCGCAAGGUCGAUUUAAGAAGACACAAGGAAACACAACACGGACUGAAGUGAGGAAGCAUGCCUUCAUGGACCCAGGACUUUACUAAGCAAACACUAUAAAACAACCCAUUGGAACUUUAAGCAUGCAACGAAGGCUUCCUCAUUACACGUUAAAUCAGUGUUUUAGAGUAGGCGACCAUCUGAGUUUACAUCAGUUGUAUAGAGCUGUUUAUGCUUUGUGUGAGUUGCUUACGAGUCAGCAGCAGGCCAGCAGGUCUAGCAACUUUCAUGGUGAUGUUCCCCAUGCUGUCAUAGGAUAUCUCGACCCAGUCAAUAGCCCGCUGCAGAGACUUGCCAAGCAUCGUGUCUCAACCCAAAAUAUUAUCACCAAAAUAAUAUAACCGUCGCCAGAAAGGACACUGUAUCACCCAAAAUAUCAGCUGAAGGAGACAAAAAUGUAAAUCACCGCAUUUCAAAAGAAUGCCACUUUGUUUUCAACGCUGCAAAGGGACUGCUGGCAAAACAUGCACUACAAUAGACUGCGUGAUUUCCUCAAAUAAAGCAUUGUUUGUGUACUAGCUCGACUUAAUUGAUAUGGCAACUUGUCGGGCUCUUUCCAUUCAUUAGGUUUUUUUUUUUCUUCUUCUUGAGAAUAAUGAAACAAGUAUAUAAAUCUUCUUUUGCAUUGAGAUCUUUUUUGAAAUAGCCUAUAUUAA